AAAAGAAUCAUCUCUGAUAGCAGGGUGUCAGCAACAGCUGUUUUUACCAUCGCCACAGGACUGUUAAACCAAAACAGAGGAACUAGAAGAAAGCAGCUCCCUGGAGCUUCAACAGUCACAUGUAGAGCUCUGAAGCAGGUAACUUCACUGUAACUCAGAGUCACAGUGACUGCAACACAGUGCAACAGUAAAGCUUUGAUUCAAACUAAUCUAACAGGCAGAUGACCAGAAUACAAGCUCAUGUGUUUUGAUGACAACAAGGAAAUGUCCUGUGAGGUUACAGCGCCAUCUAGUGUGCUUUGUGAGGAGGAAGACGUUCACAUGAGCCCAAGUGCGUGCACACAGCACAUUUGUAUAUAACUAUAACUGUAUGCAGCUAUAAAGUUUAAUUUACAGCUAACAUAUUAAAUAACACACAUGAUGUUAUUUUCUGCAUAAUAUUUCUGUGUGUUCUUAAUUUUGCACUUGACUCUGUUUUUUUCUGUCUGGACACAUUAUGUAGUUGUAAUUGUGGUAAAGUGUUGACUGUAUAUGGGUCAGAUGUUUUUUUGUUGUUGUCAUCUUCUGUCUGUUUAUAUGUUUCUGCACUUGAUGUGCUGUGCAGUAUGUCCAAGGCAUUUCUAAUGAUCUAAUGUUGUAGAUUUAAUAAUUCUUCUCUGACUGUUUAUUCAUUCAUCUUCUAACCGCUUCAUCCUCUUGAGGGUCGCGGGGGGGGCUGGAGCCUAUCCCAGCUGACAUCGGGCGAGAGGCAGGGUACACCCUGGACAGGUCGCCAGACUAUCGCAGGGCUGACACAUAGAGACAAACAACCAUUCACGCUCACAUUCACACCUACGGACAAUUUAGAGUUACCAAUUAACCUAGUCCCCAAUCUGCAUGUCUUUGGACUGUGGGAGGAAGCCGGAGUGCCCGGAGAGAACCCACGCUGACACGGGGAGAACAUGCAAACUCCACACAGAAGGGCUCCCACGCCCGGGAUCGAACCAGCAACCCACCUCACUAUUCAUGACAGUGAGGUGUUUGUCCAGUGAUGUAUGUCUCUGGAUAGUGAGAGGACCCUUUAACUUCUCUGUCUGGAGGUCCUGGGACACAGAAACAAAGGUCAUUAACCAAGACGUCCAUGUUCUGGAAACAUAACUGAAAAUAUAUGAGAGUGUUUAGAAAGAUUUUAUCCUCCUCUUCUCACUGCACCAACGUGCCAUAAAGGACUUUGAAUCAAUAACUUGACUUAAAGAAUAAAGUGUGGAAGCUUUAUAUUCAGCUGAUUCUGCAUGGUGCUACUCUUGUGUUGUGAUUAGUAGGUUCAUUUUUCUUUAAAAUUAAAAAUGGAAACACAGAACUGUUAGUUACUGUAACAUUAGUCAUUUGGGCAUACAGUAUGUGGCUUUGGCUGUCUCUGUUAGGUAGAUGUCUGGCUGUCACUCAUUCCAGAGCAGGAAACAGCACUUAAAAAUAAAAGCUUUGUGUUGGAAAUUCACUGCACUUAAAAAUAAAGUGUCUUUUUAAGGUCCAUCCAGGGUGGACCCGCGACCCACAAGUUGGAAACCACUGCUGCAGUGAUACAUGCUGUUCUGGCUUGUUUGUGCGCAUGUGCACAGACGUAAUGCCAGCUGACCGGCGUGGACACGUCCUUAGGCCAUAAAUAGUUUCACUUUCGACUUUCAGCGGCAGACCCAGACCAGCAGCAGAAAUGGUGCACCGAGUAGUCAUCCUCCUCCUUUGUUUGUUGGGAUUCCUUCAGAAAGGUCUAGCAGCUGUGAUAGAGACUCAGCAGACUGUGAUGGCAGCAGUGGGAGAAGACGCUCUUUUAAACUGUCAGCUGAUGCAACCUAAAGAUGUUCUUCAAGUCACAUGGCAGAAAAUUUUACCUGACAAGGAGCAGAAUGUCGCAUCUUACAGCGAAUACUUUGGUAAGAAAGUGAAUCCUGACUUUAGAGAUAAAGUGGAGUUUAAAUAUGCUGGACUGCAGAACAGCUCCAUAGUUAUCAGGAGGGUGACGGAGGAAGAUGAAGGAUGCUAUCACUGUUUGUUCAACACCUACCCUGACGGAGCUCUCACUGGUUCAACCUGCCUCCAACUCUAUGAGCUGCAUGAACCCGUUCUACAUGUCAGAGAAUCAAACUCUCCUGAAGAGGCAGUUGUGUCCUGCUCGGCCACAGGUCGACCUGCUCCCACAGUAACACUGACUGUCCCUCACUACAACUCUACUAGUGUCACCAACACCAACGCUACAGUCACUGUCACUGCUACAGCCGUGCUGCCUCGUCUCCAUGGCAACAGCACACAGGUUGGAUGUGCAGUGCGAGUGCUCUCUGGUCCUCAGAUAGAGGUGUUUACCAUGAUUCCUGAGGUCACACUGUCGUCUGCUGAUGAUGUCACUUUGAUCACUGUGUUGGUCGUGGUGUCCUGUGUUUGUGUUGCUGCUGCAGUCAUCAUCAUCAUCCUGCUUAUAAGGAAACAUCAGAAAAGUGUGUCACACAGAGACUGUGAGGAGAACAGGACACCACAAAAAACAACUGAACGGACUGAGUCCAAAACACCUUUAAUGAAUGGAGAGAACAAUGUACGGCAACGGACGUCUCCUGAGAAAAAUAAAGAAAAUGGCUCCCCAAAAGAAUCAUCUCUGAUAGCAGGGUGUCAGCGACAGCUGUUUUUACCGUAGCCACAAGACUGUUAAACCAAAACAGAGGAACUUGAAGAAAGCAGCUCCCUGGAGCUUCAACAGUCACAUGUAGAGCUCUGAAGCAGGUAACUUCACUCUAACUCAGAGUCACAGUGACUGCAACACAGUGCAACAGUAAAGCUUUGAUUCAAACUAAUCUAACAGGCAGAUGACCAGAAUACAAGCUGAUGUGUUUUGAUGAGAACAAGGAAAUGUCCUGUGAGGUGGUCAGGUGAUUAUUUUAUUCCAAAUAAGCACACACUAUAAUGCAGCUAUAAAGCUUAAUUCAAAGCUAACUCAAAGCUCAAAGUAUUAAAUAACACACAUAAUGUUAUAUUCUGCUUAAUAUUUUCUGUGUUUGCACUUAUACAGUACAGGCCAAAAGUUUGGACACACCCCAUUCAACGUGUUUUCUUUAUUUUCAUGACUAUUUACAUUGUAGAUUCUCA